UCGGACGAAAAUUUCAAAUUUGCCCCCAGUAAUUGAAGAUGGUGAUGAAGGAGAAUGGACCACAUUUAUUGUUCAGCUUAUAGUCCAUUCAUGGCAGCUUCUCCACCUCACAACUCCCCCUCAACCACUUGAACCUCCUCUUCCUACCUUAUCUCUUCUCUCCCUUCCCCUUCCGCCCCUGCGUUUUCGACGUUUCAUGCCAUCGGCGCGCUUCCGGGGAAAGUUUCGCUUCAGCUAUGGCAUCGGAGUACUCAGCGGGGAAAAGAAACUCUAGCUCCAACACCCAGCUUCUCCAAGAGCUGGAGGCCCUGAGCCAGACCCUCUACCAGUCCCACACUGCCUCCACGAACCGCCGGACGGCCUCCCUUGCUCUCCCACGCACCUCGGUCCCUGCCAUCUCGGGCCCUGAUGAUGAGAUCACUGCCAGUAAAAAGACUGAAGAGAGGCCUGGCACAAGACCUCGCUCGAGGCGUAUGUCCAUAUCCCCUUGGCGUUCGCGGUCAAAGCUGGAGGAUCCUGCCCCCGAGCAGCCGGUUCAGGUUCCGGGUCAGGCAAAGUUUGAUGUGAAGGACGAUCAGCCAGCUUCUUCUGGUUCUGGAGAGAAGAAGGGGAUUUGGAACUGGAAGCCUAUCAGAGCACUUUCCCACAUAGGGAUGCAGAAGAUGAGCUGCUUGUUCUCUGUCGAGGUCGUGACCGCCCAGGCCCUGCCCGCUUCCAUGAACGGGCUUCGCUUGUCGGUAUGUGUCCGUAAGAAGGAAACCAAGGAGGGGGCCGUCCACACUAUGCCUUCCAGGGUCUCGCAGGGAGCUGCAGAUUUUGAGGAGACAUUGUUUGUCAAGUGUCACGUCUACUGCAGUCCCGGGGGUGGGAAGCAGCUCAAGUUCGAACCUCGCCCAUUCUGGAUAUACUUAUUCGCAGUGGAUGCAGAAGAGCUCGAUUUCGGCAGAAGUUCGGCGGACCUGACUCAGCUGAUUCAGGAGUCCAUCGAGAAGAGCUACGAGGGUACACGGGUUAGGCAAUGGGACAUGAGCUUUAACCUCUCGGGCAAGGCCAAGGGGGGUGAACUCGUAGUCAAAUUGGGCUUUCAGAUCAUGGAGAAAGAUGGAGGGAGUGGAAUCUAUAAUCAAGCUGCGGCAUCAAAGAUCGACAGGUCGAAGACUUUCUCGUCUUCUUUCGGCCGUAAGCAGUCAAAGACUUCAUUUAGUAUUCCGAGCCCGAGGAUGCAGAGCAGGUCAGAAGCUUGGACUCCUUCACAGAAUAGAGGGAUGACAACAGAUAUUCAUGGAAUGGAUGACCUAAACCUCGACGAGCCCGCCCCACCGGUUGCUUCGACUUCUUCAUCAGUUCAAAAGUCGGAAGAACCUGAGUCGAAGAAUGAAGAACUUGACCUGCCCGACUUUGAAGUCGUGGACAAGGGAGUCGAGGUGCAGGACAAAGAACAGGUCGAGGGGGCAGAAUCAGAAGACAAUGCAGAGGGAAGGUCGGCUUCGAGUGAGGUCGUCAAGGAAGUUGUCCACGAUCAGGUCCACCUUACAAGGUUGACGGAGCUCGACUCCAUUGCCCAACAGAUAAAGGCGCUUGAAUCCAUGAUCGCGGAGGACAAGGACAUGAAAACAGAGGAAGAAACGGAAUCUCAGAGACUGGAUGCCGAGGAAGAGACAGUGACGAGGGAGUUCCUUCAAAUGCUCGAGGAAGAAGAAAGAAAUGAAUACAAGUUCUAUCAGCCUGAGAUACCUCCUCUGCAGCUCGAAGGAGCAGAUUACGAGAACGAUCCUUCUGCAGGAGCUGAUUCAAAGAUAUAUCUGCCUGACCUCGGGAAGGGCUUGGGGUGCGUGGUUCAAACGAGAAAUGGAGGUUAUUUAGUUGCCGCGAACCCUCUCGACACAGAGGUCUUGAGAAAAGAUACUCCAAAGUUGGCGAUGCAGAUAUCAAAGCCAUUGGUCGUUCCAUCGACCGAUUCUGCAAGCGGAUUCGAGUUGUUCCAGAGAUUGGCAGCUAUCGGAAUUGAUGAACUCAGCUCCCAAUUUUUCAGCUUAAUGCCUAUCGAUGAGCUCAUGGGAAAAACAGCUGAACAAAUAGCCUUCGAGGGGAUUGCUUCGGCGAUCAUACAAGGGAGGAACAAAGAAGGUGCCAGCUCCAGUGCUGCCCGUACGGUCGCAGCAGUGAAGACCAUCGCCACUGCCAUGAUCACUGGGAGGAAGGAUAGGAUCUCGACGGGCAUUUGGAACUUGAAUGAGGAUCCAAUCACAGUUGAGGAGAUCCUUGCCCACUCAAUGCAGAGGAUCGAAACCAUGGCAGUUGAAGCUCUGAAUAUACAAGCAGAUAUGGGAGAAGAAGCGCCAUUCGAUGUUUCUCCUCUCCGUGGUAAGGAUCAGCGCCAUCCUCUGUCCUCUGCAGUCCCACUUGAGGACUGGAUCAAGAAUAACACCACAGCCCCGACAAUCACGAUUGCGGUGAUUGUCCAACUGCGUGACCCGCUGAGGCGUUACGAGGCAGUAGGCGGGCCCAUCAUAGCGCUGAUUCAUGCAGCACAAGCAGAGACCAAACCGGACAGGCACAGUCGAAAAGAGAGUGAGUACAAGAUCAUGAGCUUGCACAUAGGGGGUUUAAUGGAGAGGACGGGAGGGAAGAGAAGUGCCUGGGACAGUGAGAAACAGAGGCUGACUGCGAUGCAGUGGCUUGUGGCUUAUGGGCUCGGAAAGGCUGGGAAGAAUGUAAAGCCCGCAGCUAAGAUGAAGGGCCAGGACCUGCUGUGGAGCAUUUCGUCGAGAGUGAUGGCGGAUAUGUGGCUCAAAUCAAUGAGGAAUCCCGAUGUGAAAUUCGGAAAGUAAUGCAUUUUUUUUUUCUUUUUUUUUUGUUAAUCUGAUAGAAGACAGUAAAUCAUUCUUGUAUGUAUGUAAUGCAAUCAAACAAAGUAGUAAAGAAUGAGCGGAGUGCACAGAUCCGCAGUAGGAUCGGUUGGCAUCCCGUGCCAAAUAAGUAGCAGUACUUUUGUAUUCAUAUUUCAAUCAGAAUAAAGAUCUUUGAAAAUCCAAA